AUUUCCACUUGUAUUUCUUCAGAUAACGAUCACCUACCCCCUUCUACCGGUGGUUUUGACAAUGUCGAAGGUCUCGACCACUCCGUCAAUGGCGGUGGUAGCAAUGGCGGCAUUUGUGUUAGUUUCAGCUAGUAUAGUAGAAUCAAAGUUUACGGUGUAUAAUACGACGGCGAAAAUAGUGGCGGAUAAGCUCAACGUUCAUUUAGUCGCUCACACUCACGACGAUGCUGGUUGGUUGAAGACCGUUGACCAGUACUACGUCGGCUCGAAUAAUUCCAUUCAGGGAGCAUGUGUUCAGAAUAUACUGGAUUCGUUGAUUCCGGCAUUAUUGGUUGAUAAGAACAGGAAGUUUAUAUAUGUUGAGCAGGCGUUUUUCGAGCGGUGGUGGAGAGAGCAGAGCGAGACAAUGCAAAGCAUAGUGAAGGGUCUGGUCAAAUCUGGUCAACUGGAAUUCAUAAAUGGGGGCAUGGUCAUGCAUGAUGAGGCAGCUACACACUACAUUGAUAUGAUUGAUCAAACAACACUUGGACACCAAUUUCUUAAGAAAGAAUUUGGGGUGACACCGAGAAUUGGUUGGCAAAUUGACCCUUUCGGACAUUCAUCUGUACAAGCUUAUUUGUUAGGAGCAGAGGUUGGAUUUGAUUCAUUGUUUUUUGCAAGAAUAGACUACCAAGACAGGGAGAAACGCAUGGCUGAAAAGAGCCUUGAAGUUGUCUGGCAGGGCUCUAAGAGUCUCGGGAAGACUGCUCAGAUCUUUACUGGUGCCUUUUGGCAAGGCAACUAUGAACCUCCAGAUGGUUUUCAUUUUGAAGUUAAUGAUGAUUCUCCAAUCGUCCAAGAUGACCCUACCUUGUUUGACUACAACGUUCAAGAUCGAGUGAAUGCCUUUGUCGCUGCUGCAAUAUCUCAGGCAAAUGUUACUCGAACAAAUCAUAUAAUGUGGACCAUGGGAACAGAUUUCAAGUACCAGUAUGCUCAUACAUGGUUCCGGCAGAUGGACAAGCUGAUUCAUUAUGUUAACUUGGAUGGACGUAUCAAUGCACUUUACUCAACUGCAUCAAUGUAUACAGAUGCAAAAUUUGCAACUCAGGAGUCCUGGCCGACAAAAACUGAUGACUUCUUCCCAUAUGCAGAUAGAAUUAAUGCAUACUGGACUGGAUACUUUACUAGCAGGCCAGCUUUGAAGCGUUAUGUUAGGGAUAUGAGUGGCUACUAUGUGGCAGCAAGACAACUGGAAUAUUUUAUAGGAAGGAGUCAAGCAGGUCCCAACACUGAUGCAUUAGCGAAUGCUUUAGCUAUAGCUCAACAUCAUGAUGCAGUUACUGGUACUGAAAAGCAGCAUGUAGCUUAUGAUUAUGCAAAGAGACUAUCGAUUGGUUAUCAAGAGGCUGAGGGAGUGGUUGCAUCAUCAAUUGGCUGCUUGACUCAAUCUUCCCCUGUUACUGGUUGUCAGAACCCAACAACUAAGUUUCAGCAGUGUCCACUGAUGAAUAUUAGUUAUUGUCCUGCAUCAGAAACCGAUCUCUCUCAAGGAAAACAUUUGAUUGUGGUAGUCUAUAAUCCUCUUGGAUGGAAGAGAGAAGAUAUUAUUCGCAUUCCUAUCAAGAAUGAAGAUGUUGUAGUUCGUGAUUCUGAAGGAAGGGAACUAGAGUCACAACUUCUUCCUAUAUCUGAUGUGCAAUUGAGCACGAGUAACUUCCACGUGGCAUCAUAUUUGGGGGUAACAGUAAGAGAUGCACCUAAGUAUUGGCUCGCAUUUGCAGCAUCCGUACCACCUCUUGGUUUCAGCACUUAUACAGUAUCUGGUGUUAAAGGUGCUAAGUUGACAAGAUCAUCUGUUUACACUUCUCAAGGGAGUAAGAAGAUUAAUUUUGAUAUUGGUUCUGAAAAUUUGAAACUUACAUUCUCUGAGGAGAAUGGAAAGUUGACUUAUCAUAAUAAACAAAGAAACUUGGGUAAGAACUCUGUGGAAGUGACCUAUGCUUAUUAUCCAGGGUACAAUGGAACUGAAAAAGAUACUCAGGCUUCCGGGGCUUACGUGUUCCGUCCAAACGGCACGUAUGUGAUGCAGUCUGAGGGAAAGGUUCAAUCAACUGUUAUGCGCGGUCCUUUGAUAGAUGAAGUUCAUCAACAGAUCAGUUCAUGGAUAUAUCAGAUCACAAGAGUUCACAAGAAUAAGGAGCAUGUUGAAGUUGAAUACGUUGUUGGGCCUAUACCUGUUGAAGAUGGGAUUGGAAAAGAAGUUGUGACAAAAUUGUCUACAGGCAUGCAGUCAGAUAAGACAUUUUACACGGAUUCAAAUGGACGCGAUUUUAUUAAAAGGAUUCGUGAUUAUAGAUCAGACUGGGAGCUGCAAGUAAAUCAGCCAGUUGCUGGGAACUAUUAUCCUAUUAAUCUUGGGAUGUAUUUGCAUGAUGAUAUCAACGAGUUCUCCAUUUUGGUGGAUAGAUCUGUUGGAGGUUCUAGCAUAUUGGAUGGUCAACUAGAGCUCAUGCUCCAUAGACGCUUGCUCAAAGAUGAUGGUAGAGGUGUUGAUGAGGCCCUGAAUGAAACAUUUUGUGCUCAAGACAAGUGUACGGGCUUAACUGUUCAAGGAAAAUUUUAUUUCAGAAUUGACCGUUUAGGGGAGGGUGCUAAAUGGAGGCGUUCGUUUGGACAGCAGAUAUACUCUCCGCUUCUCUUAGCCUUCAGUGAGCAGGAUGAAGACAACUGGUUGAAUUCCCAUCUACCCACAUUUACCGGAAUUGAUUCUUCUUAUAGUUUACCUGAAAAUGUUGCUAUGAUAACCCUUCAGGAGCUUGAUGGUGGAGAAGUCCUGCUUCGAUUAGCACAUCUAUUUGAGAUUGGAGAAGACAAGGAUCUUUCAAGCAUGGCAAAUGUAGAGCUGAAAAGACUUUUCCCAUCAAAGAAGAUUGGAAAAGUAACGGAGACCAGCCUCUCGGCAAAUCAAGAGCGGGAAGAGAUGGAGAAGAAGAGACUGGUGUGGAAGUCUCAAGCUUCUUCUGCUCAGACAUCCAAAGUGACAAGGGGGAGAGCAAUUGAUCAAGCAGAGCUGAUUCUAGAACUUGGUCCGAUGGAAAUUCGAACGUUGCUGAUUGAAUUCAGCAACAAGUCUGACAGAAUCUUUGAUGCUUGAAAAUCAGGUCGCAACACUUGACGAUGUUCAAGAUGUUUUAGCUACUAAAAAUGAGUUAAUUGAUCAUGUUGAGCCACCAGAGCUUUUGGGGAACCCAACUAAUCCCCUUAUUGGGAGGGCCUUUGUUAAUCUUCCUGAUUGGCAAGUUAUGCAUAUUAAGUGGCAACAUUGUAAAUAAAAAGCAAAAAAAAUAAAGCUGGAUUAGGGUUUGUUAUCUUCAUCUUAUAGGAUUUUAUUGGAACUUAUAAGAUCUUAUAGGACCUUAGCACAACCCUCGCUAACAUAGACGGUGGAUUGUUGACAAAGCACCAAACUUGUUUCAUUAGCAAAGUUUUGUUCAAACAAGUUGUAUUCUCAAUAUCCAAACCGCAUUUAAACACAACUUAUAUCAUUUAAGAUGACUAUUAUUUGUUUCUCAACUUAUAUUAAUUUAAAGCACGAUUUUUAUUCA